AUACAGAAAUAUCUUACCAGUGAAUGUGCUGAGAAACUGAUUCAUGCAUUUAUAACCAGUAGGUUAGACUAUUACAACAGUCUCCUCUAUGGAGUUCCCGGCCAUCACAUGCAAAAACUCCAACGUGUCAUGAAUGCCUGUGUGCAAUUGAUCUUCUGCGCACCUAUACAGUCAUUUUACGCCGCUCCUUUAACAAUUUCACUGGUUGCCUAUCCACCUACGUAUCGAGUUUAAAAUCCUUUUGAUCACCUUUGAAGUACUCCAGGGCUCAGCUCUUAAAUAUCUCAGUGAUUGAAUUUCUCUUUACCCAACAUCCCAUUAUGAUUUACCGCGAAAUAACAAGGGAAUUCUUCUCAGCACCCCAAAGUGUGCGGCAGCGCAGCGUCUUUGGAACAGUCUUCCCGUAA